AUGGCUAGCCCUCCUGUGCUAGCCUUCGAUGCUGAGGGCCGCCCAGUGAAGUUCGACACCUGGCUUGAUGACCUACACCUCUUCCUACAGCUCACUGCCAAGGAAGACAUCUCACUGUACGAUCACGCCCUAGGCCACGCUACUACUCCUGCUGCUACUGCCGACAGCACUGCUCGCUCACAGUGGCAGACUCGUGACGCCCAUGCUCGCUUCACCAUUCGCAACUCUCUGCCGAUAGAUGAGCGCGAGCACUUUGGGCAGCACAAGACUGCACAGGCACUGUACACUGCUGUCGUUGCCCGCUACUCCUCACCGGCCUCUGCUGCUCUAGGCCGUCUCUCUCUUCCCUACCUGUUCCCCGACUUAGCUUCCUUUCACACUGUCGCUAACCUCAUUACCCACCUCCGCACUAGUGAGGCUCGCUUCCGCGCCGCUAUGCCUGAUGAGUUCCUCGCCACGCACCCACCCCCGCUCUGGAUCACUCUCUACUACCUAGUCACGCGCCUCCCUGACUCGCUGCGCUCAGUCAGGGACCACUUCCUCGCUCGCUGCCCCACCGAGCUCACCAUUGCCCUCCUCGAGAAGGAGCUCCUUGCAGCCGAGACUAGCAUAGUCGCUGUAGGUGCCUCUCGCGGUGACCCCCGCACCCCGUUCUUUGAGGGGUGUUCUCCCUCUCCCCUUCUUCCCGCUGUCGCCUCUGCUGCUUCUGUCAACCUCCUUGGUGCUGAGAAGGUCGGGACUGCGUCUGAUUCGAGCGGACGCCGCAGCGGCAAGGGCAAGGGGGGCAAGGGCUGUGGUGGUGACAGCGGGGGUGGCGGUGGUGGGGGAGGUGGUGGCGGGGGGGGUGGCGCGGGUGGGGGAGGGGGCAGCGGUGGUGGGGGUGGCGGCAGCGGCGGGGGAGGUGGCCGGGGCGGAGGAGGUAGUGGGGGUGGCGGUGGACGAGGUGGCGGCAGGGGUUGGGGUGGUCGAGGAGGUGUUGGCGGGAGUGGUGGUCGUGGAGGCACUAGCGGCGGCCAGGGACAGCAGCACACUCCCUCGCCCCAGGAGAUUGAUAUCUAUGCUCUAGACGUGCUGGUGAGGCUGCUGCUCUAG